CUCGAAUCGAAAGCACAGACGCUGCAACCGUGCAAGACAUAGGGAAUCGUCCAAUCAAUGAUAAGUAAAAAAAACAAACAGCCUCGAUGAAGACAGAAACUUAAAUUUAUUAUGUGGACUUGAAGACGGAGAUAUGCGCACUCUGGAGUAACACCCACGAUGAAGGGAGAGGAUUUCCUGUACUUAGUAUUAUCUAGUUCUAGUGUCAAGGCGUGUCUUGGUGAGAGCACAGGCUGCUGGAGUUCUCGGGAGGAGUGUAGACCGAAAAAGCGGCCGCGGCCUUGGAGGAUCUCCGUCCGGAUGGCGUCCGCGCCCCGCCUCGCGCUCGGAUUCCUUCUCUCGCUGCUCGGGGUGUGCGUUGAGGGGAACUGUCCGACGUUCCUUAGUGCCAAGGACCAGAACUUCAGCUGUCUCCCCUCCUGUCUUCAGCCGAGCGCCUCUGGGAAGGACCCCGUCUUCGGCACGGAGUACUACAAUGCGAGCUCGGAGGUCUGUCUCUCGGCUCUCCAUGCAGGCGUCGUGGGGCUGAGAGGCGGCGACGUGCAGUUCCGCAACGUAGGCGAGUCGCCCAUCAUCGGAUCCAUGAUCAACCGCAUCGUCUCACGGUCCGGGGAACCGGCUGUUGCCUACGCGUUCAUAAAGGAGAAUCUACCUUUGGACUUCAGCGAAGACGACUUAACAGAGAAGGUCCUUGUUCACAACUCGUACUUUGAAGACGACCUUCACUUGAGUUGUGUAGCCGAGAGGCAAAACGUCGUUCUUGAUGAAGGGAGCAUUGCCAGACUGGAGUAUGAAAUAUAUAGAGGCAAAGCAAAUGUGUUCCAAGCUCGUUUUACAGAUAAGGGCCAGUGUGCUUUUCCUUUUGCACAUAAUGGGAUUACAAAUUGGGAAUGCAUUGAUGGCAGGCGUGGAGACUGGUGUUUUACAGCCAGUGACUGGGGAUACUGCACAAAAUAUGAAGGGCCGUGGCGCGUCCAUUGGAAUAAGGCAAAGUCCUCAAAUUUACACGUGUUCCGGUGUUUAGGGACCCAGCCGGCUGCGGAUAUUCUCGCUGCCAUCCAGACUAGUGGUCAGACGUACACUGCCGCGAGCGCGACGUUCAGAGCCAGUCGGGGCGACCGCCUCGAGAUCCAGUUGGAGAAAGACCCUCAAGCGGUGGAUGUGGUCUUCUUCAGGAGAUUCCCAGACGAUUGGACGUAUACGAGUAACAACGUUGCGUCGACCAGACUUCCCCUGACAGUUGAUCCCGUCUCACCCGCCGACAAUGGAGUCUACCUUCUUGGGAACUCCGGAACAGGUCGAUGGGGCAAGGAUACUGAAAAAGAAAUUGGGUCGAACGGAGCCUACUUUCACCUGGCAGUGCGGGACUGUGAGGCUGGUAGAUACGGAUGGAACUGCGAGUCAUGGUGUCCCGACUGUGAGAACGGGGGCAUCUGCCAUCCACGGACUGGCACAUGCAUCUGCCCUCCAGGGUACAUGGGUCCAACGUGUCAAAUUGUUUGUUCCCAGGGCAGGUUCGGCUCGAUUUGCCAGCUGGAGUGUACGAAGGCAAGUCUAGGGUUCGAUUUACCUGAAGAAGGAAGCUGCCACCACUUGACGAUCUGCCUUCCUGAUCCGUAUGGGUGCUCCUGCGCUGCCGGACACACAGGCCCGUUGUGCGAACGGCGGUGCAAGAGGGGGAGCUAUGGUGCAGGGUGCACUCUCAGCUGUGAAAGUUUCUGUGAAAACGGUAACUGUAAUUCUACGACUGGAAAAUGUAGUAACGGCUGCAAAAGUCACAUCCCAUGCACAGUCGAUGGUAGCGUUUUAAACUUGCCCCGACUCUCGCGACCUCCCGGCAUCACGGGCGUGACCAGCACUUCUGCCCUGGUGGUCUUCUCUCCGUGGCACAGAGAUAUGGACUACGGGUCAACUAACUUCUCCAUUACAGGCUACCGCGUCCGUUACAGGAUAGACCAGGAUGCAGACUGGCAGGAGACUGACAGUUCAGACUCUCAUAGUGGUGAUAGAUCUGUCCAACUGGAAAACCUCUGGCCCGGGUAUAAAUACCGUGUUCGGGUGUUGGUCGUAACCGAACACGGCUUCCUUGAUGGUUCCACGAACCAGCGUGUCCAGACUGCCGACUUCAUUACAAAUUGCUCAGAUCCCAGCAUCACAGAGGUUGAGAAAAUGGAAGUUACUAAUUCCUCUAUCUCCCUGAGUUGGUCACUGGAUAUCCAAGUACAUCCUCGCUGUGAAGUGACGUAUGUUCUCGAGUUCGGGAAGAAGUCAGGAGGAUCCAAAAUACAAAGAACAACCAACUCGACUUCCUUCACUUUCGCUGACUUGGAUCCGGACACUGAAUACGAACUCGUAAUCGGACUCUACAGUGGCAUCGCGAGACAACCAAAGUUUAUAGAAAAACUAUGGCCUUUCAGGACAUUAAUUAGCCCCCCGCUAGCGCCUAUACUGUCGUUGGAGAUAACAGCAAUCCGAGAAAUAAAAGUCAAGUGGGAACUUCCUCGGCAGUCGAGUCAUGUUGACAUUUACGAUGUUAGCCACCAGCUUCUCAAGUAUGAAGCCUGCAAGAGCCACAUCCCCCACCCUGCAACCAAAGCCCCUCAUACAGCCACUGAGAUCUAUCUCAGGGACCUAGAGAGCUAUGCCACCUAUGAAGUCUGUGUUGUGGCGAGGAAUGUUGAUGGUUCAGGCCCUGCAGCUUGUUCCUCUGAAACUACACUGCCAACAGCUCCUGAAAUACAACUUCGAUAUCCAUGCCGAUAUCAAGAUACCGGAUACCUCAGCUGUCAAUUAGUCGGCACGUGUGAACAGUACAACGGACCCAACGCACGAGCAGAGUUAAUCAUCGAAACUUUCCUGGAAUGUGCGAACAAGUCCCUGAAAGAGGAAUACAGUAAAAAAUUAGCCAGCCAUUACAUAACUUUUUCCUUAAAUAAAAUUGAGUUGCUAAAAGGGGCGACCUACAGUGCUACUGUUGCUUUCAAGAAUGACGCCGGCACUGGGCUAGAAUCGACAACUUCAUUCCAGACUUACCCAGCAAAGGCUCCCCGGGUGAAGGAUCUGGUGGGAGCAGCCGUGUCUCCCCGCGAGGUCAGGUUGAUGUGGAAUGACCCGUGCCCGCCAAAGGGGAAGAUCACCAGCUUUGUGUACAAAUUACAUUCAAUUUGGAAGUAUAGAAAUGCCGAACCUUGUACGUCUCUACCUAAGUUUGAUCGAUGUAUCGAAAUUGAAAACUUGAUGGUCAACACAAAUUAUACUUUUGAGGUCGCGGCUGUUAAUAGUGUUGGAAUAGGCUACCCUGUAAAAGUCAGUGUUUCAACCAUCGAGGCCAAACCCGGACCUCCAUCUGGUAUGUCGACCUUACCAGGAGAUUCCUCCAUCGAGGUGUUCCUCCAAUUCCCCGUGGCGCCCGGUGGCGUUCUGCAGAACUUCACCACAAGACUGGCAGAUGGACAGCACUCAUGUUGGGGCAAUAUCACGAGAGAGUCACGUGGCCCUGCUGUAUGUAAGUUGCAGGGUCUGGAACGAGGGAAGACUUACAGUGCAAGCGGUUCCUUCUGCAAUUCAGCAGGAUGCGGACCGAGCUUAGCGCAGGACGUGGCCACACUGCCCAUCCCGCCCAUUUUCAAAGGGGCCCUGGGCGUGCUGGCCAAAACCGACACCAACAUCACGUUGUCUCUGCCCAGCAUUCAGACGGAGGGCGACGGUGAAAGCUCGCUCAUCGUAUUGGUCCAACACAUACCAAAAGAAGAGAUCUCCAACUAUAGAAAGAAAAGCUUCAUGGAAUUAUAUGCCAAACUCAUGGAGAGACAUCGGGCUAGAGCUGUUUCUGAAGCGCAGGGACCGGAGACCCGUCGAGACCGGGAUGGAAGGGGCGCAGAGGCUGAGCCCCAGGGGUCUCCUCGUCAGAAACGCCUCGUGGGGGACGGCUGCAAAAACAGGGACGGCGAAUACAUAGCUGGCAUCUUCGAUAAUGAGCAACAAAAGGAAUUCGUCAUUGGAGACGAGGAUUCUGGUUAUGACAACUGCCCCCUCACGCCGGACGAUUUCUACAUGAUUGGUGCUGUGGCUAGGGUCGACCUCCUGGACCAGCAAAGCUACGCUGAGACGUCUCUCGAUGCCCCGGUCAAGGCGGCGUUCGAUGUGACGAACCCGCUGGCCAUCGCCCUUCCCCUGCUGCUCGUUCUGGCUCUGCUCCUGCUGGGACUGUCCUUCGUCUACUUAAAGAAGUUCAGGAAGCCAAAGGAUCCUUCGGAAUUUCAAGAUAGCAACACCAGAAUCUUGGACGAUGGAAUGAAUCAUUCUGAAGGGAAUUCCAACCUGAUCCAUGUCCAACAGCAGAAUGUAGCCCUCAUGCCAAUGCAGCCAGUACGACAGCAGUAUCAGCCGACAGCAGGACCCACGACGAGGUUGAAAGCAGUUCCUGGGAUUCCAGCCUUCCGAUUUCAGAAGUGUUCAAUGUAUUACUUUCUAAAAAUAUUGAUGAUUUCUACAUGCUACGUGCCCAUUUGAGUUGCGGUUAAGGCCAUUUGACUACUGCUUUGACUUGCAAUUGGACCAGCAAUACACAGUGAAAACCUUUGCUUUGAAAUGCUGUCCUCA